AUUCAUCACUUUGGGCAAGCUUAAGAAGGAGUACGGCCGAGCGUUCAGAUUCUGGUUAGGACCCGAUCUCAAUUAUUGUAUCUCAGAGCCGGACUACGUUAAAAUUUUGCUUCAAAGCAGAAAAUUAAAUGAAAGAGGCCCACAAUACAAAUAUAUGGUAGACUUCUUAGGCUAUGGUAUUCUAAGUGGAUCAGGUCCAGUGUGGCGUAAACGCAGAAAACUAAUCAGUCCAAAUUAUAGCCACAGAGCUACAGAAAGCUACAGUCAUAUAUUCAAUGAUGAAAGGCUUUUACUAGAAAGACUCAGGGAAAGACCUUCGGGGAAAUCAUUUAAUAUCUACGAAGAAGUCGUCAAGACUACAACCUACACGGUCUGCCAAACUUUAUUUGGCUUGAGCAGAGAGCAGUCCUUGAGCCUUCCCUAUCUUCAGGAAAUUGUUGAUAAUACACACCAGAUGUACGCAGUAGCGUUUAAGAGAAUGACAAAAUGGUACCUACAAAUAGAACCUUACUACUGGCUUUCACAGUACUAUCCAAGACAUAAAAAGUUCAUACAAAACACAAAACAUAUGGCGGAUGCUGUAGUCAAACAUAGACUAAAACAUAUAGACAUAAAACUAAAUGAUACAAACUUAAUUAAAACAGACGAAAGCGAAGUUUCACUUAAACAUGAAGUUUUAACUACUGUAGAUAAGUUAAUUUUGGAAAAAUCAAUAGAAUAUGAUGAGAUGUUAAAACAAAUAUUUACAAUAUUUACAACAAGUCAAGAAACAUCAGCUAAUAUUGUUUCUUUCCUAUUACUAAUGAUGGCCUACCACCCCGAUUGCCAGGAAAAACUCUACGCAGAAAUAAAGGAAGUGUUCGGGGAAGAUCGGCAUGUGAGCGACGAGGAUAUAAAGCGGAUGCCAUACUUGGACAUGGUAUUCAAGGAGGUCGUUCGGCUGUUUCCGAUAGCGGCGAUGGUGCAACGCACGGUUAUGGAGGAUAUCGAUAUUAGUCAAGGCGUGACGCUCCCAGCCGGCAGUUCCGUGGCCGUGCUGAUCUUCCACAUGCACCGUGAUGAAGAGUUCUGGGAAGACCCGGACGCCUUUGACCCUGAGCGGUUCAACCCUGAACGAUCCGCGACGCGUCAUCCGUAUUGCUACGUACCCUUCAGCUUAGGUUCCAUGAACUGUUUAGGAAGACACUUCGGCAGCAAACUGGUGAAGACCAUCUAUAUCAGAAUACUGCGAGAGUUCAGGCUUACCUCUCCGGAGACAUAUGCGGAUCUCAAGCUGCUGUGCGCCGUGUCUGUCGAGUCUGUCCACGGAUACCCAGUGUUCUUGAACCCGAGACUCAACUAAUUUAAAAAUAAUUAAUGGAAAGCGGCUAAGCUGAAAUAAGACUCCUGGUCAUGUCUGCCGUAUGCCGAAUGAGAUGUGAGCUAAGAUUACCACAGAUUGCAGCCCAGGCCCCGUAACCGAAUGGCAUUUCGGCGCGAAACGAAAACGAAACGCCGUGAAAGGUAGUCUGGCUCUGUCGCGCUAAUAUGCAAGAGCGAUAGAGAUAGAUAGCUACGAGCGUUUCGUUUCGAGGGCGUUGGUGCCAUUCGGCUAUGUACCCAGGCCUAAACGGGGACGCAGCAGAUACAUCUAUGCGAUGGUGAAACGAGCUACAUAACUCCAUUUCGGAAGCGAGAACUGCUCAAAAACUGAAGGAACGGAAAAAGCGGAGAGACCUUUGCUCAUCAGUGACACAUUACAAGCUCUCAUUUAAAUAAAUAAUAAAAAGUUAUAUCACAGUUUAUGCACCCUUAUUGUUUCUACGAAUGCCAUUUUCAUCAAUAUUUUGUCAAAACAGACAGGUAAUACGA